AUGUUCAGCAAUUAUAAUCAUUUCGUUCAAAAAGGAUAUGGAAAUUUUGAAGAUGAUGACGACGAUAUUGAAAGCUCACAAGAAAGCGAACAAUCAUCUCAAAGUUCUCAGUCUAGCGAAGAAAUGGACUCUUCCGGAGAGGAGGAGGAGGAGCAUGUAGAUCCUUGGUCACGCAUUCAAAAUGAAGUUGUAAUCGCCACGAAGCCCAGCUCGAAGCUCUGAUCAACGAGUAUGAACAAAACGGAGACUCGCCUGAAGUGGCCCGCAUUAAAGCUGAAAAUGCUUUGCUUCCAGUAUAUAGAAAGGAAUUGAGAAAAGUGUUCUUAGAGUUUUUACAGUGGAUGCAUGCAAUGAAGAAAGAUCCGACAUUCCGAAAAGUGAUGGAAACCCGCCAAGAUCUCAAAGACACAGAAGGAUAUGACUGGCUGGAAUCGACAGAACUUGCCAUCGAUAAGCGGAAAUUCUUACUCAAUCGAUUGUUUGUCAAACAAACUGUUCCCGAAGACUAA